AUGUCAUCUGAUAAACAGUUUGAUGGUAAAUUAUUAGAGAUAGUUGACACAUUUGAAUUUGAAACAUUACAAAGUCAGCAUGACAAGUUAGAGAAACAAGCUGUGAGUGUUCAGGCCAGACUAACAAACUUACAGAGAAAACAAGACUUUGCAGAAAGACAGAAGGAAGUAGAACUGGGUAACAUAGCCUUAUCUACUGCUGUGCCUAAACAGAAAGGACAACAAAGGGAAGACAAAAUCAAAGUACAGAAGGAGAAAAAGUUUUCAACCAGUGCCUGUAGUUAUGACAUCAUGGGUAUAUUGCUGGACUGGAUCUGUGAUGCACAUCUACGAUACACUGUAACAGACCAACCCACCAGAGCUAUAGAAAGGUUUUCUUCAACAGAGUUCAUACUGGAAAGAGUUUUAAAGAUUUUACCUACUUCAGUAGAUAUGUUGAGAGAAUUCCCUCCAAAUAAUUUCAGGAUUAGCCUCCAUUGUUUACAAUUAUACUGGUCCCUUGUCAAUGUAGUGCAAGCUUCAGGCCAACAGAAAUCUAACCUGUCAUCGACACUAAGACGAUUAGGAGAGGAAUUAUACAGAUCUAAAACAGUCAAAUUUAUGGAUGUUAGUAGUGACAAGAGUGAUUUCCCUUUGUCACCAGCAAAGCUAGACAAAUCAAAAGAUGGCAUUUACUUUAGAAGUUCUAACCAACAUGUCAGGCUCGUGUCCUCUCUAAUUAUACUUAAAACUCUUUCACAAGUUGAUCUGGUAGCCCAUGUAUUUGAUGUCUUGAAGAAUGAUCUGAAGUCAGAUGUGUGUAAAGAACUGUUUCUGUGUUAUCAAGCUACACCUGUUGUAUUACAGUAUCUUAAACCUAUUAAUAAGGCAUUUAUGGGCGCUGCUAUGGGUAUCUUCCUACAGUUGUCAGAUGACACACCUUUCCAGACUCCAUUCCUAGAGAGCUGUGGUAAUGAGCAGUGGUUUAGAACUGUUGCUAUGGUACUGAGAGCACCUACACAAGACAAUAAAUUAUUGGAAAAACUCAGUAUAAUUCUUCAGAAAUUAUCCAAAUACAAAACCAACAAAAGAUUUUUUGAUGUGUACACAAUAGUUGGUAUAAUUCAGGAGAUAUUACGUGGAUGUUCUACUGACCAAGCAUUCCUAGCAUUGAAUCUCAAGUCUAUACUGUUUAAUCUAUCUUCUACUGGAGGAGUACAAUCAUAGCAUUAAUCUAAUAAUAGACACACUAUAAAUAGUCACACUAUUACAACAUUUUAUGUACUGAAUGGUUAAUAACAUUUUCUUACCCUGAAGACGAGGCCUGCAUUUCAAGAAAAGAUUAUACAGUCAAUGACAAAAUGUAAACCUUAACAAAAAUACAGAUUAUUGUUGUUAAAUGACCAUUGUGAAACACAGCCUUAUCUAUUUGGAAAUUAUUUAAUUAGAGAAGUUUCAAAUAAAUCUUAAUUUAGUUUUAUAGUUCAUUGAGAAAUUUGAAUAUUUGAAUUCCAAUGCUGAAUGCAAAAGUAUAACAUUAUCAACCAGAAAGUAUUGGAGGUAUUUUAUUUUUAGAU